UCAGCACCAAGGACAGCCGCAGCCCCAAGCGUCGCAUCAGUCUGAUAAUCAUUUCACAGCAAAGCCCCGCACAGAGCCCACGGAGGACCGGGAGAGCGAUGCACAGCGCAUAAAGGAAAACGCAUACACCGCAAAAUAUGCUCUGACUCGUUUCUAUCGACAUUGGAAAAAAAGAAAAUGGUGGAAAUUGACAAAGAAAAUCAAAAUGUUUGAAGAAAGGCUGCUGACAAUUACGAAGACAAUCCAACAGCGGUUGAGGUCCUGACCAUGAACAUUCCUCCGCAUUUCCCAUAAAUCAGCUGUCCAGAUUUUCCACACUGUCUAGGGGGACGGUGGUUCUAGUCUUUUUAACCGGGUGAACCGUGCAGUCCAGAAGCCGGGCAAACCGACCCGCCAACACGAGGGAGAGACGCAACCGGGGUCCUCUGUGUGGUUUGAUCGUUCACACGAUGCGUCUGUUUUUGCUGGCGGUGUUCCUCUCGUGCUCCUGUGCGCGGGGCGGCUGUGAACCGAAGAUAGUGAACAUCGGAGCAGUCCUGAGUCAGAAGAGGUACGAGCAAGUCUUUAAGGAUGCGGUGACCCAGGCGAAUCAGAUCUACGGGAGAGAUAAAUUCAAGUUGACCGCCAUCUCCGUAACGCACAAACCCAACGCUAUCCAGAUGGCUCUCUCCGUCUGCGAGGACCUCAUCUCUAACCAGGUGUAUGCCAUCCUGGUGAGUCAUCCUCCCCAGUCCAAUGACCACCUCACCCCCACGCCUGUGUCAUACACCGCAGGCUUCUACCGCAUCCCUGUGGUGGGCCUCACCACGCGCAUGUCCAUCUACUCCGACAAGAGUAUCCACUUGUCCUUUCUGCGGACUGUCCCCCCGUACUCCCACCAGGCUCACGUGUGGUUCGACAUGAUGCGAGAGUUUCGAUGGAACCACAUCAUCCUGAUUGUCAGCGAUGACCACGAGGGGCGGGCCGCGCAGAAGAGACUGGAGACCCUACUGGAGGAGAGGGAAACAAAGGCAGAGAAAGUCCUCCAGUUCAGCCAGGAGACUAACUUAACUGCUCUGCUUCUGGAGGCCAAAGAGCUGGAGGCCCGUGUCAUCAUCCUCUCCGCCAGUGAAGAGGACGCUGCUGCAGUUUACAAGGCUGCCCGUUUCCUCAACAUGACGGGCUCGGGUUACGUGUGGCUGGUGGGAGAGCGGGAGAUGUCGGGUAAAGCCCUGAGUGAGGCACCAGAUGGUCUCAUCGGCCUCCAGCUCAUCAACGGCAAGAACGAGUCGGCCCACAUCAACGACGCAGUGGCAGUGGUGGCUCAGUCCAUCCAGGAGCUCUUUGAGAAGGAGAACAUCACGGAGCCGCCCAGAGGCUGUGUGGGAAACACCAACAUCUGGAAGACCGGGCCCCUCUUCAAAAGGGUUCUGAUGUCAUCAAAGUACCCAGAGGGCCUCACUGGACGUGUGGAGUUCAAUGACGAUGGCGACAGGAAGUAUGCUCACUACAGCAUUCUCAACUACCAGAAGAGUCGACUCAUUCAAGUCGGGAUUUACAAUGGAACACAGGUGGUGAUGAAUAAUCAGAGGAAGAUCAUCUGGCCGGGGGGAGAGACAGAGAAACCGCGGGGCUUUCAGAUGUCCACAAGACUAAAGAUAGUGACCAUACACCAGGAGCCCUUUGUGUAUGUGAAACCCACUGAGCAGGAUGGAACCUGCAAGGAGGAAAAAACCUUAAAUGGAGUGGCAGAUAUUAAAAAGGUGAUCUGCACUGGACCAAAUGAGACCAUCCCAGGACGUCCAAUUGUACCUCAAUGUUGUUAUGGAUUCUGUAUCGAUCUACUUAUCAAGUUGGCCGGAACCAUGAACUUUACCUAUGAGGUGCACCUGGUGGCUGAUGGGAAAUUUGGAACACAGGAGCGGGUGAACAACAGCAACAAGAAAGAGUGGAAUGGCAUGAUGGGAGAGCUCCUGGGGGGUCUGGCAGAUAUGAUUGUUGCCCCGCUGACGAUAAACAACGAACGAGCCCAGUACAUCGAAUUCUCCAAACCUUUUAAGUACCAAGGCCUAACCAUCCUCGUUAAAAAGGAAAUCCCUCGCAGUACACUGGACUCGUUCAUGCAGCCGUUUCAGAGCACACUGUGGCUGCUGGUGGGUCUUUCGGUGCAUGUGGUGGCGGUGAUGCUUUACCUACUAGACCGGUUCAGCCCGUUUGGGAGGUUUAAAGUAAACAGUGAAGAAGAAGAAGAAGACGCCCUCACCUUGUCGUCAGCCAUGUGGUUCUCCUGGGGAGUGUUGCUUAACUCCGGUAUUGGGGAAGGCGCGCCGCGCAGCUUCUCAGCGAGAAUCUUGGGCAUGGUGUGGGCCGGCUUUGCCAUGAUCAUAGUGGCAUCGUAUACUGCCAACCUGGCUGCCUUCCUGGUGCUGGACCGGCCUGAGGAGCGCAUCACCGGCAUCAACGACCCGAGGCUGAGGAACCCAUCAGACAAGUUCAUCUACGCCACUGUGAAGCAGAGCUCUGUGGACAUCUACUUCCGGCGGCAGGUGGAGCUUAGCACCAUGUACCGCCACAUGGAGAAGCACAACUACGAGAGUGCCGCUGAGGCUAUCCAGGCCGUGCGCGACAACAAGCUGCAUGCUUUCAUCUGGGACUCUGCGGUGCUGGAGUUUGAAGCCUCGCAGAAGUGCGACCUGGUGACCACGGGAGAGCUGUUUUUCCGUUCGGGCUUUGGCAUAGGCAUGCGCAAGGACAGCCCCUGGAAACAGAAUGUGUCCCUGGCCAUUCUCAGUUCCCAUGAGAAUGGAUUCAUGGAAGAUCUAGAUAAAACCUGGGUGAGAUACCAGGAGUGUGACUCACGGAGCAAUGCCCCAGCCACACUCACCUUUGAGAACAUGGCAGGAGUGUUCAUGCUGGUGGCUGGAGGCAUAGCAGCAGGGAUCUUCCUCAUCUUUAUUGAGAUCGCCUACAAGCGACACAAAGACGCCCGAAGGAAGCAGAUGCAGCUGGCCUUUGCGGCCGUCAACGUCUGGAGGAAGAACCUGCAGGACAGUAAGGAGGCCUCUGGGAGCCAAGCUGUGGGCGCAUCGAUGACUCCAUCGUUACCCUCUUCCUCUCUAGAGACUCAGGAUGAUAGGAAAAGUGGUAGAGCAGAGCCCCCCGACCCCAAAAAGAAAGCCUCUUUUAGGUCCAUCAGUACCUCCCUGGCCUCCAGCAUCAAGAGACGUAGGUCGUCCAAAGACACGCAGUACCCACCCACCGACAUCACGGGCCAGCUCAACUUGUCCGACCCAUCUGUCAGCACAGUGGUGUGAGAGGGACAGAAGGAGAGAGAGAUUUUCUCCUCGGAGAGAAAGAGAGAGGGUGGGUGAACGGAGAGAGCCUUCCCCCAGAUCGCUGCAUCGUUGGAUUCAUCACUGCUGAUGAAGCUUUUAGUCCCAUUGGCUUUGCAGUGGAGCAAUGGAGCCUACGCCUAAGAAAGGACUCCCCUGAUCAUAUUCUCUGAUCGUGGCACCUGUUACAGCUGUCUGGCAUUAGUCAGCUCUAGGGUUCUGAGCUUACUGACACAUACUGUGUUUUUAUCUGUUUUCUCUAUUCAUGCUCAAUUUAUGCUUAAAACAGUCCAAUCUUUGUCUAAUUUACUUACUGCAGACAUAGUGAUGCUGGAUACUACUACUAUUUAAUAUAUCUACAUGAUACAUUUUACUGUUUUAAAAAUAUUGUUUAGUUAGAUUACUUAAGUAUACAAACAAGUUAAGUUCUGUACAUAUCAUUUAACUUACAAGGAGGGACCAUAACACACAUGAUUAUUUCACAGUAUUUAACAACAGGAUUUGGCAGGUAGUUUAACUGUUAAGGGUUAGUUAGGCCAGUAACCGAAAGGUCGCUGGUUUGAAUCCUCAUGCUGACUAGGUGAAAAAUCCAUCGAAUGUCCUUGAGCAAGGCACUUAAGCCUAAUUGCUCCUGUCAGUUGCUCUGGGUAAGAGCCUCUGCUAAAUUACUAAAAUGUGAACAGCAUAAUAGGUACACUUUGCUGGAUAACAACUACAGCAUUUUAUUAAGAAAUACUUAUUUUAACUCCAUGUUUAAACAUUUUAGAUAUGUCUUUGUUAAAUUGGACAUGUUUUAACAGUGAAAAGAUUAACUUUUGUGACAAUGUAAUCCUUUAAAGCAGCAAUUCUAAAGAAGGAAGCAUGCAUGUAUUGUAAAUAUAUAGAUGCAACUGAAUAUUUAUGUAACUAAUGUCCAUGGUAUUAAUAUUGCUGCUACUGUUUGUUGGAAUACUCCGUGGCACUUUACAACACACUUAAAACCAUUUUCUAAUAACUCACAGUUUUCUGAGAUACAAAAAUGGUGAACUUUGUUUACAUUGUAUUCUUUGCCCCUUAAUCAUUUUAUAACUGUCUGCCAAACUGUCUGCAUGCUUGUAUAUAUUAUAUCCAGCCAGUAUUAUCCUUUGGUGCCCCUUGAAAACAUUCUGCCUGUAACAUAAUGUUCACAUUUACCUGUAUUUGGUCCAAUGAGGUCCUUACACCUUUGAUAUUGGGAAAGUGGCAAUGCUCUAUUCUUAUUUGAAAGGGAUUUUUAGUCACAAAUCUAAUCAAAACUACAGGAAAUACUCUCAAAAGGGUGCACAUUUGUGCUUUUUCCCUAGCACUACACACCUGAUUCAAAUAACCAACUCAUCAUAAGCCUUUGAUUGGAGGAAUCAUGUGUGUAGUCCUAGGGCAAAAACAAAAAUGUGAAUCCUUUUGGGUCCCCAGGACCAGGAUGAAGAGAAACAUUCUCUAAGUCAAUGUUUUCUACCAUUUGUUUGGACCCCCCCCCCCCCCCCCUCUCUCUCCCUCUCGCUUUCCUCAGUCUUUCUCAUCGCCAGUGUCAAGGGGUUGCAUCAAAGGGCCAGGUUUUUCACCCAACCAGCACUUGGUCUUUCAUGAAAAACCUCCUCCCUGUGCACGUCAAUCUUCAAUUUGCACUUUGAGAUCUUCUACAUGAAAGGAACCCAUGUGAAUUGAUAACUCAGCUUAACUUCCAGUCUUGGUGCUGUGAGCUUAGGUACAGUUAUCUUGGUGAAAUGCAAAAAGGGCCAUUUCCCAGGCUCUGAUGUUGAGAAACAAAGACAAAGUGUGGCAUGUUGAAACAAAGACUACAGUACCAUUCUGGCACGGCAAUGCACAGAACUUUAACCUGAGGGCUUCCCCAUGUUCCCCAUGAUGUUUCCAUCAACAAGGCUAAUUGAAAUAUAAUUAUCUAUUCAGUAUGCAAGUACAUACAAAUGUAUAUGAAUAAGAGUAGAAAACUCUCACAAGAGAGAUCAUGGUCUAAUUGUUAUAGUAUGAUCCACAGCACAAAAUGGUUAAAUCAACGUUGUUUCAUACUAAUUUGUCAACGUAUUGUGAUGUGGAAAAUACAUUGGAUUUGAAAAAGUUAUCAACUGUUGUUUUGAGGGUGACAUUUCAACCACAGAAUUAUGUCAUCAUUGUAACCAAUUUUCAACAUAGUCAACCUUGAAUAAAAUAUGUUGAAUUUGUACCUUUGAAACAACAUCCGAUCUUCAAUGUUAUAUCCAUGUCAGAAAAAAACAACAGGCUGGGCUGUACCUGGUACUGGAGAGUUGAUCUAUCCACAGCUACCCGUUGGUCCAGGGUUUUAACCAAGCCCAGCCCUGCUUAGCUUUGAUAUUUUCCACUGACUACUACCAAUGUGCUAUCGUGAGAAUGAUGUGAGAAGAUCUCUUAAUAGAUAAAUAGAUUCACUGUUGCUAUCAAAGUAAUUCCUAAGGUUAUAUAAGUAAUGUCCCCCCCAAAAAAUUACUGAGCGUAAGCUUGAAGGUUGUGAAAAUUCUGUGCAACUUCCAGCGUGCGUUUACUGCUUUAAGUUACAGUUUUAACAGUGGCCAAGUAGGCUACUGUGGCUAUUUGAUCAUAAUGUAGGCCUACCAUGAAAUACAAUGGAGAAAAUGCAUCCCAUAACAUUUUAACAUGGAAAUAGCUGUUCUAUCAUGCAGCCAAUGUCUGGUGUUCAAUGUAGGCCUACAUUCCAUGCAGGGCUUGACAUUAACCUGUUUAUCCUCUUGUCUUUCAUAAAAGGAGGUGACCAAUU